AUGAGCGAAUCGAAAAUUACGGAAUACAAGCUGCUCGAGCGGCUCGGCAGCGGAACAUACGCAAUAGUAUACAGAGCGAUGCGAAAGACUUCUAAAGAGAUUCUUGCAGUUAAGGUCGUGGCCAAGAGCAACUUAUCCUAUACAGCCAUGGACAACAUAAUUAGCGAAAUAAGCCUGCUGAAGAAGCUGAAACAUCGGCACAUUGUCGAGAUGCGAGAUUUUCUAUGGGACGAGCAGAACAUAUACAUCAUAAUGGAGUACUGCAACGGUGGCAACCUCUCGUCCUACAUUAAGCAACACCGAAUGCUCCCAGAGGUCACCUGUAAGCGGUUUUUGCAACAACUGGCGCUGGCACUGCGGUACAUGCGGGAAAAUGACGUCAGCCACCUGGACCUAAAGCCGGCUAACUUGCUGCUCACGAAGGAAGCCGGCACGUGCACGCUGAAAGUGGGCGAUUUCGGAUUCGCGCAGCGUUUGAAGCUCAACCAAGAGAACACGGCCGUUAAGGGCUCACCGUUGUACAUGGCACCCGAGAUUUUGCUCAGCAAAUCAUACGGCCCCGCGGCCGAUCUUUGGAGCGUUGGUGUGAUUCUCUACGAGUGCCUUUUCGGGAAAGCCCCAUACAGCUCGACCACGCUGCACGAGUUGGCCGCGCGCAUUCACAACAAUGAUCCGAUCACCAUUCCAGGAAAUCCGGUCCUAUCAACCGACUGCCGAAAGUUUCUAACCGAGCUGCUGCAGCGCAAUCCGGCGAACCGGAUCACGUUCGAGAAGUUCUUCGAUCAUCCGUUUCUUGAUCUCGAGCAUGUGGCGUGCGAAGAAAAUCUGGAAAAAGCCAUACGACUCAUAAACGAGGCGAUCGAGCUGGAACAGCGGCAGGAUGUGCAUGGUGCCUACCGCUCGUACUGCCAGGGACUGCAGUAUUUCGUGCCGAUCACGCGAGCCGAGCAGGAUCCGGCCAAAAAGCAACUGCUCCGUCAGCGCGUCCAAACGUACCUAAAUCGGGCCGAAACACUGAAGCAGCAUAUUUACGCAAAAAGCCAGCCAUCAGUCGCGCUUUCAGCGAACGCGUCGUCGAUCGGAUCAUCGGAUCGAUCGAAUAAUGCAGCGACUAGUUCAAACGCGCCAGAUGUCACCAAAGCACCGAUUUCUGCCUCUACCGGAUCUGAUCCGCUAGUCGAGUUGGGUCAGAAAUUCGAAACGCUUGCUAUGGCCCUCCAAACCGCCUGUAAAGCCGAUCAGGAUGCAUCCGAGAACCGCCUGGAUACAGCACUCGAUGGCUAUACGACCGCACUUGGCAUGCUUAUCCCAGCACUGCACCUGGACAUUUCACCGCCACAGAAAAGCCUACUGCGCCAGCGGAUAGUCCAUUGGAUGGAGGAAGCAGAGCACAUCAAGUCGAUUCGGUCGGCGCAAAUCAUGCAGGAGAUGGAGAGCACCGAGGCGAACAGCUAUGGCUGCACCAUUCAGUAGCUGCGAGGUGCACCUAUAUUUAACCGGCUCUCUAGACGGCUGUUUCGCCCGCUCAACGGGAACGUAGGCAUUUUUCUAACGAGAUUGGACCUAAAAAAGCGAGUAAAAGGCUAUGUGUAGAGCGACAUUCUGAAGCAAAAGUUCCAGGUGCUAGGGUUUAGUUGCCCUAGGUAAACAGCAGUCACAAAUUCUCUAGCUUUAUUGAAAAAUUAAGCAGAACAUCACGAUUGGAGUGAAGGUUUUCAUGCACUGGGCCAGUAAAAGCAACCGAUACCAGGUAAUCCACGAGCCAUGCACUGAGUUGUUACUAAACAUUACAUUGU